AGCAACCCAUUGUUUGACAGUCCUCUGCAAGCAUCGUCGUCGUCGUCGCAUCAGCACCCCAGUAGUAUGCAAGCUCAACUCGAGCAGCAUUCUUUGCAACUCCAACUCCAACUCCAAGAGCAACAGAGGCGUCAACUCGAGUUGGAUCAGCAAUCUCUUCAGAACGAACUGCAGCAACGACUCCAACUGCAAGAAAUGGCUCCCGCAGGUCAGCCGUACCCCGAACCCGGACAGCUCCCCAGCUUUAUGGCUACCAACACGGCGCCGAUCGACACCACGAUCCAGGGAGCAACACCUCAAGUCCUACCGCCGGAAACCGCAUGGAAGGGACGCGGUCGAAGCUCAACCUUUCCUCUCAAACUGCAUCAGAUGCUCUUGGACCUCGAAAAGAAACAAGGUGGCACAGAGAUCGCCGCAUUCCUGCCACAUGGACGAAGCUUUCAGAUAUUCAAACCCAAAGAGUUCUCACGAGAGGUCUUGCCCCAUUACUUUCGAAUGAGCACAUUCAGCAGUUUCCAACGACAGCUGAAUCUGUACGACUUUCAGCGCAUCUCCGAAGGACCCGAAAAGGGAGCCUACUGGCAUGAACUCUUCCUCAAGGAUCAGCCCAUGCUCAGCACUGGGAUGAAACGAAACAAGGUGAAAGGAUCCACCCGCGCACGACAAGAAGAACGCUUCAAGCACUAUAGCCAUCAGCAGCAAGGUCAACAGCAACAUCCCAAGGCGCCUCCUCGCUCCUCGUAG